GGUACUAGUCUCUGUCCGGCCCCCCCUCCGAUUCUCCGGGGAGUCCGAGCGAGCUCACGAACAGCACACCAUCCGACUCGCUCGCUCUCACUCUCCCCUCCGGCGCCCGCAGACGCCGCCGGCAGAUCCAAGCAAUGGAUUUGAGGGCGUUCUUCGGGGGCAAGAAGCAGGAGCCGGAGCAGAACGGGCACGCCAACGGGGGCGUCAAGAAGAGGACCGCCGAUUUGGCCAUCUACGAGCAGUACGAGCAGCAGGCCAGGCAGCCGGAGAUGCGCGCCGCGGCGAUUCGCGAUGGGAAUGCUGAUGUUAUUCAGAAGCCUCUCCUACCUCAGUUUGAGUCAGCUGAAAUGCGUAAUUUAGCAGAGACAUUGUUGCGGGAUAUUAUCCGAGGGAGCCCAGAUGUGCAAUGGGAAAGCAUCAAGGGACUAGAGACAGCAAAACGCCUCCUAAAAGAGGCAGUUGUCAUGCCCAUAAAGUACCCAAAAUACUUCACUGGUCUACUAUCACCGUGGAAAGGCAUCUUACUUUUUGGUCCUCCAGGAACAGGGAAGACCAUGUUGGCCAAAGCGGUCGCUACUGAGUGCAAUACUACAUUCUUCAACAUUUCGGCUUCAUCAAUUGUCAGCAAAUGGCGUGGAGAUUCUGAGAAGCUAGUCAAAGUUCUUUUUGAGCUUGCAAGACAUCAUGCACCAUCCACAAUAUUUCUUGAUGAGAUUGAUGCUAUUAUUAGUCAGCGUGGUGAAGCUCGUAGCGAGCAUGAAGCUAGUCGACGCUUGAAGACUGAACUACUUAUUCAGAUGGAUGGCUUGACAAAAACCAAAGACUUAGUAUUUGUGCUUGCAGCAACAAAUCUACCAUGGGAAUUGGAUGCAGCUAUGCUCCGUCGGCUUGAGAAGCGGAUUCUUGUACCACUUCCUGAAGCUGAAGCAAGGCAUUCCAUGUUUAAGGAACUUCUGCCCGCAAUGACCUCAAAUCUAGAGGUCCCAUAUGAUAUUUUAGUUGAAAAGACUGAAGGGUACUCUGGUUCGGAUAUUCGUCUUGUGUGCAAAGAGGCUGCUAUGCAGCCAUUGAGGCGUCUCAUGUCAGUUCUCGAAGCCAGUGAUGAGCUGGUGCCAGAGGAAGAGUUGCCUGAGGUUGGCCCUCUCAAACCUGACGACGUGGAACUUGCUUUGAGCAACACAAGGCCGUCAGCACAUCUCCAAGCACAUCGGUAUGAAAAAUUUAACCAGGACUACGGGAGCCAUAUUCUUUCUUAAUAAGAUCAACAAAGCACGGUCAGCUUCUCAGGUUUGCCAAGCGGAUGCGCGUUGGUGGUUCAUUUGAACAUGUACCGGUACAAAGCUAUCUUGCCCUACAAGGCCACGCCAAUCGAAAUGGCCUUGUUGCUCCAUUAUAUUUAUCAUUGGACUGUCGCCAAGCAGGAUGCAAAAAACUCUUGAUGUGUCUCUUCUAGCGGGACUAUACUGCUUUGGAGAUCCUGUGAGCCAGAGUGGUCUUAGGAAUAGUUUCUUGCCUGAUGUAACGUCUUUUUUUUGAAUUGUUUGGAUUGCUUAUCACAUGUUCUCGCUUGUAGUAACUUUGUUAUCAGAAAUAAAAGUGCAUGGAAGAAAA